ACACACACACACACACACACACACACACACACACACACACACACGUGGGUGACAUCUCAGAAAUGGACAAGCACUCCUGCAUGCCAUGGGAAGAAGACUGCUACAUUGACCUCCAGUCGACCAAUCACAAAACUGGCCCUGCCAAAGAGAAGGAAGUUGGUUGGCUGCAAAAGCAUCGGCGAGGUCUGGAAUGCAUGCAGUGCACCUCUGUCUUGGAGGCUUUGGUUUCACACGGCAAAAAGGCGGGACUUCUCAGUGACGGCGACGCCGCAUUGGUUCAAAAGGUCGGGUCACUGCCAGACCGGUGGCACUCAUUGGUGGAGUUGCUGUCAAUCAAGGAUCCCCAAGGCUCUAAAGUGCAGCUCUUCCUCAUCACUUCCCAUCCCAUGGAGUAUCAACUCAUCAGUCAAUAUGACUCAGUUCUGGCGCAGCAGAGGACUGCCUUGCUGCAGCGUUUCCGGGAGGAGGCAGAGCUGCCGACCGCCUCAUCCCCGACGAAAAGUCCCAAGAAAUCCCCUCAAAACUCUCGAACCCCAGACCCCGCCAGAACCCUUAACCCCGCCCUCCUGCUCAUAGAGGGCGUGUCCGACCUCCAGCAGCGAGAGCACGACUUCACGCAGCUGUCAGUCACCCGGGGGGCGGGACCUCUUCACGGGCGACCUCUGGGAUUGGACAAGCUUCUCCAGGCCCUGACGAGAACCAGUCCCACGCCCAGGGUCUGCCUGACAGUGGGCGUGGCCGGAAGUGGCAAAAGCCGAUUAGUCAGCCGCUUCGCCCGUCUCUGGGGGCUGGGGCAGAUCUACCAGGAAGUCAGCCUCGUGCUUCCUGUUGCAUGCUGGGAGAUUGGGUGCUGCGAGCGACUCUCGGCCGACAGGCUCAUGCGGAUGCUCCUCCCACAGGGGGCGGAGUGCGUUUCCGUGACGACGGCCUAUAGGACGCUGCUGGUGUUUGACGGGCUGGAGGAGCUGAGGUCCCCGCUGGACUUCGCCGAGGCCCCGCCCACCUCGGACCCUAAGCGGGAAGUGCCGGUGGCCGACCUCAUCACCAACAUCAUCCGUGGCAACCUGUUGCCGGGGGCGAUGCUGUGGUUGCUGUGCCGACCGGGCAUAGGCGCCCGCAUCCCGGCGGGGCUGGUGGACCGCGUCACGCAGGUGCCGCCGCUCACGCACGCUCAGAUCCGAGGCUACGUCAACACGCACCCGCUCACACACACCCGCGCAGAGCAGACCAUCUGGCACCAUCUCACCUCCCAGAAGCCUCUGCUGGUCCUGUGUUCCGUGCCGGCCGUGUGCGGGGUCGUCGGCGACACCUUGCUCCGCGCGCUCGAGGCCGGGCUGGAGGAGCGACUCCUGCCCCACAGUCUCACGGAGAUCUACGUCCACCACUGCUGGCCACAGGCGCAGGAGGCCGAGUGGUCGCGCAGCAGUGCCCGAAAACAGCUCACCGCCCUGGGCAAGCUGGCCUUCUACAGCCUGCUGCGGGGGCGCCACACCCACACGGACGGCGAAGCGCGCGCUUACGGCCUGGAUCUGCCCCCGGCGCCGGGGACUCUGGGAUGCCGGGUCCUCCGACGCGAAGUGGGCGUGUGUGGUGGCGGUAGUAGUGGUGGUUCCAGUGGCGGUGGCAUCGGUAACAGUGUUGGUGUCGGUGUUAGCGGUGGCGGCGUGUGCGUGUGGCGUUUCGCGCACCUGUCUCUGCAGGAGUUCCUGGCGGCAGUGUUCUACUACGCGGCGUCACGUCGCGGAAUGUUCGACCUCUUCUCCGAGAGUAGCAUGAGUUGGCCCCGCCUCGGCUUCCACAACCACUACCGCGCCGCCGUCCAGCGGGCCGACCAAUCGUACGCCGCCGCGCAGAAGAGCGACCACCAGUCGCAGAGCGGCAGCCACAACCAGGCAUCCAACCUCCAGCUCUUCCUGCGCUUCCUCACGGGGCUGAUGUCCCCGGCGACAGCGGAGCUCGUGUGCGGGGCUGUGGGCGUGUCCAAGGAAGAGCAUGCCAAUCACCGCGUCGCUGUGUUAACGGCCCUUCAGGCAGCGGCAGGCGGGCUCGGAGGCGGGACCGUCAGCAUGCGCUGCGUCUCAUUGGUGGCCUGCCUGGCGGAGAUGCGCCAAUCGGAGGUGGUGAGGUCGGUGGAGGAGGAGCUAGAUGGCGGGUCGCUGAGGGGGAAACUGAACGGGAGCGCCUGUGCUGUGCUGGCAUACCUGCUGCAGGUGUCACCUGUUUGUGCAGACGAUACUAAUCUGAGUGGAUGUCUUGGACACGGGGACCUGAAGAGACUGCUGCCACAGCUGCUCUACUGCAGCCGGCUACGGUUAGAGAAUAAUGAGUUUAAAGACGACGCUAUGGAGCUUCUGGGCAGUUUACUGAGCGCUAAGGACUGCCACAUGCAGAGUCUGAGUCUGGCAGAUAACUUGGUCAGCAGUAAAGGGGCCAAGCCUCUCAGCAGGGCACUCCUGGUCAACAGAACCCUCACCACACUCGAUCUCCGUGGCAACACGAUUGGUCCCAAGGGAGCAAAGUCAUUGGCUGAGGCCUUGAAGAUGAACCAGGCUCUGGUCUCCUUGAAUCUCCAGCAUAACCACAUAAAGGAUGACGGCGCACGAGCCUUGGCUGAGCUGCUGCAGACGAACCGCAAACUGACAUCGCUCAAUUUACAAAAGAAUGACAUCACUUCGGAGGGAGUGAAACGAAUAGCAGAGUCUCUGAAGAAAAAUCAGACAUUGCAGGAUCUCAACAUGUCUGGUAAUCAGCUUGGAGAUGCCGGUGCAGGAGCCUUGGCGCAGGCGUUGACAGUCAACCACACACUGACCUCUCUCAGGCUGCAGAGUAGUUCGGUGAGUGAUCGAGGCGUGACUGCUCUCACCAAAGCGCUCUGCUCCAACCACGGCCUCAUCACCCUCAUUCUUCGAGAGAACUCAGUCGGGGUGGAGGGAGCUAAGGCCAUCGCAGCGGCGUUACGGAAGAACCACACUCUUCAAGAGCUAGAUCUGACAGCUAACCUUCUGCAUGACGAGGGUGUGACAGCUAUAGGCAACGCUGUCAAGGUCAACAGAGCGCUCACCGCCCUGCAUCUGCAGUGGAACUUCGUGAAGGUGAACGCUGCGCAGGCCUUGGCUCAGUCGCUACUCAGCAACACACACCUUCAGCUAUUGGAUUUGCAGGAAAACACACUGGGAGAUGACGGGGUUGUUUCUCUGGCCACUGCACUGAAGACUAACGCAUCACUAUGUGUUUUAUAUCUGCAGGGCGUGUCUAUGGGAAAAGCAGGUGCUGUGGCGUUGGCUGAGGCUCUCAUGGUCAACAAGACACUCCACACCCUCGAUCUCCGUGGCAACUCUGUGGGAAUGGUGGGCGCCAAAGCCUUGUCCAGCGCCCUGAAGACCAACAGGAGUCUCAGGAGACUCAAUUUGCAGGAAAAUGCCCUUGGAAUGGACGGAGCUAUUUUCAUCGCCACGGCACUGAAAGGAAACCAUCAGCUGACUUACAUUAAUCUGCAGGGGAAUGGCAUUGGGGAGUCGGGAGCCAAGGUCGUCGCAAAGCACAUCAGAGCUGAGGCUCCGGAGUGUGUCGUCGACAUCUGAUGAGUGUGUGUGUGUGUGUGUGUGUGUGUGUGUGUGUGUGUGUG